AAACGUUAGCGACGAAGUCCUGAGUCCUGCGUCCUAAGGUUUAGAUUCCUGAGGAUGUCCAUUAUUAAUAUGCUAGGAAAAAAUAUUAACUUCUCACAGAUGGUGUAGUAAAGAAUAUGAAUGAAGUCGAAUUAUUUUAAUAUUCAGAUAAUUGUGCUGUUCAUGUUAUCUCUGAUACCAUGGCCGGGACCAACAGUUUUCAAAAUAUCAUGUCCCAGAGAUAAUGCCAGAAUUGUAAGGAAAAUUGUGCAGAGUAAAUGGAUCCCCAUACUUGAAAAGUUCAAAGUAACUUUACCUCUAGAAUGCCCUUUCCACCCGUUAAGGGACAUUUUCGGACCACAGCAGUCAGCCAAAAAACAGCACCGACCCUCCCAAUGGACGUGUGGUAUCUGCGGUAAAUCAUUUUUCGAAGAGAAAUACUUAGAUAUGCACUUUGACAAUCGACAUAAAGGAUAUAUUAAUAUGGCAGAAGAUGCAGUGUGCCUUGCGGAUUAUUGCGACAUAAUGCGGUGCGAUGUGUUGAUGACUCAGGAUUUAAAAACUUCUUAUCCCGAGCACGAAAACACAGACAUAGAGAUAUGGAGGGAAGCAUCGUCCUACUCUAAAGCCUUAGCCACUUCGGGGCCAAGACACGUAGCUAAGUAUACUUUUAAGAAUGGAAAUUACCCGCACUUACAAAAAAACUCAAAAUCCGACUUAAGAGAAAAGAAACAUUGCCAAAAAACUGAAGCACCUGACACUACAAAUAUUAACGAUGAUCGGAGCUCCAAUGAGGACGACAAGUCACAAAAUAUCUCGAAUAAUUUAUGUCAGAGCGACUUGGUGGAUUCCGCCCUCCCUGCGCCCGACAAUAGGCAGCAGCGGAUUGCGGAACUGCAGAAACUCAAGGCAAAUUGCAAACCGGAGGAGCUGCAGAAGAUCAAGACGAAGUGCGAGAUACUGGUUCGUGACUGCAUAGCUAGUCUGCUUAUUCAGCUCUCCGUAAAGGACUUUAAAGAAGUGGAAGACGAAUUAAACAGGGCUGUGUGUUGGUACCUCACGUGUGAUAGAUACUGGGAGGACUCCCAAAGUGACAUCAGGAGCUUUCCCUGGGGUUUGCUUUGUAUGAUAAUUAUGGUGAUGUCCUUGGGGAUUUGCCUGUGUUAUUACGUUAUAUGGGUGCUGUUUGACACCGACGACGUCAGUGUGGCGAGCGCCAGCGUCACAGACCGUUCCACGCCAUCACCGGCCCACAUUUUGAAACACGAAGCAUCCACCUCCCCCGACGGCAGCCAGGUGUAUACCGAGGAUUAUUAUUUGGCCCCGGACAAAGACAAUGAAUAUAUUUACGUAACUUACCCGCCGGACCUGAAGAGGAGGUUAUUAGAGAGCUGCUACAACAGAACUACCCGCUUGUGAAACAUAGAAACAAGAUUAGCUAGAAAAUUCUCCGUACACGACAUUUCACGGUGUCUUAGUGCCAGUAGAUAGUACCUUAGCGAUAAUUAGAUUUGCAUACUUAGUAUUUUAUUACAAUGAGGAAUGCCGCUUUCUAUUGAAAUAUUUGUGGGAUAUCUUUGGGAUAAUGAUGCUUUCAUGAUGAUAAAAUUGACUAAAAUAUGUAAAUGUAAAUUUUUUAUA